AUGGGUACCAGGGCAGGGCUCAUGCCCCCUCCUCUCUGGGCACUCCUGGGCUGCUGUGUCCUCUGCGGCUUGACUCUGGGAGGUCCUCGGACACUCCGUUCUCUGCCCCAGAUGUCCUCCCAAGCUCAGCCCAUCUGGGCGCCCCCAGAGGGGGCAGAGGCAGCCCUGGCUUUCCUCUAUUCUGGAGACAGCCAGCAGCUAUUGGGGGCAAACUGCAGCGAGCGCUAUGAAGCCCUUGGGGCAGAAGCCAAAGCAGGGCUCCCUCCAACCCUACAGAGAGCAGCGGGCACCCUGUCCCAGGCCACCAACUUCCUUAAUAUGCUACUGCAAGCCAACGACAUCCGGGAGUCCAGCGUUGGGGAGGAUGUGGAGUGGUACCAGGCACUGGUUCGAAGCGUGGCUGAAGGAGACCCAAGGGUAUACCGGGCUAUGCUGACCUUUAGCCCUCCACCUGGGGCUAGCCACCUGCAGCUGGCUCUACAGGCCACCCGGAUGGGUGAGGAAACCAUCCUUCAGCACUUGUCUGAGGCCACGGGGCAGGAGGAGCACCAGGCUGAGGACCUGGACAGUCUGGCCCUGCAGAAGCGAGUGCUGACCAAUGACCUAAGGAGCCUCCACAGCCCCAAGUGGGCCCAGGGGGAUGGCUAUGUGGGGGACAUGCAGCAAGUAAGACUGUCCCCUCCCUUCCUGGAAUGUCAGCAGGGCCGUCUCCGUCCUGGCUGGCUGAUCACACUCUCGGCCACCUUCUACGGACUCAAGCCAGACCUCAGCCCAGAAGUCAGGGGGCAGGUGCAGAUGGACCUGGAGCUUCAGAGCGUGGACAUCAAUCAGUGUGCCGGUGGUCCAGGCUGGUAUGCUAACACACACCUGUGUGAUCUCAACAGCACCCAGUGUGUGCCCCUGGAGAGGCAGGGCUUUGUUCUGGGCCGCUACCUCUGCCGCUGCCGGCCUGGCUUCUACGGGGCGAGCCGCUCCGGGGGGUUGGGGGAGCCUACUGGGCAAUUCGGGUCCCUGCAAGGCAGCUCUGGGAGGCUGCUGUGGUGCCAACCAUGUCCCGAGGGCUGCACCAGCUGCAUGGAUGCCACGCCAUGCCUGGUGGAGGAGGCCCUGGCUCUGAGGGCGGCAGUGCUGGCCUGCCAGGCCUGCUGCAUGGUGGCCAUCUUCCUGAGCAUGCUCCUCUCCUAUGGCUGUCGCCGCCGCCGUGGCAAGAGCAUCCGCUUGUCCGGGCUUGUCCUGCUGGAGGCCAUUCUGCUUGGCGCCCUGCUGCUCUACUUUCCGGUUUUCAUCCUGUACUUCAAGGCCAGUGUGUUUCGCUGCAUUGCCCUCCGCUGGGUCCGCCUGCUGGGCUUCCUCGUUGUCUACGGCACCAUUGUCCUCAAGCUGCAGAGAGCACUCCGGCUGUUGGUGUCGAGAACGGCCCGGCGGGGCCCCCACCUGAGCGGUGGGCGGCUGCUGCGACGCCUCGGCCUGCUCUUGCUGCUGGCGCUCAGCUUCCUGGCAGUGUGGACGGUGGGGGUCCUGGAGCGAGGCGUCCAGUACACGCCCCUGGUGACCCGAGGCUACACUCCUGCUGGCCGCCACUUCGACUUCUGUCACCACAACCUCUGGGAUUACAUCAUGGUUGUGGCUGAGAUCCUGCUCCUGUGCUGGGGCAGCUUCCUCUGCUAUGCCACGCGCGCCCUGCCCUCCGCCUUCCAAGAGCCACGCUACUUGGCCAUCGCCCUGCACAACGAGCUGCUGCUCUCUGCAGCCUUCCACGCCACCAGGUUCGUGCUGGUUCCCUCCCUGCACCCAGACUGGACCCUGCUGCUCUUCUUCUUCCACACCCACGGCACGGUCACUGCCACACUGGCUCUGGUCCUUAUACCCAAGUUCCGGAAGCUGGGGGCCCCUCCCCGGGAAGAGAUUGUGGACGAGGUGGACGAGGACGAGCUGGACCUGCAGCACUCAGGCUCCUGCUUUGACAGCAGCACCGCCUCGGCCUGGAGCGAGCGCAGCCUGGACCCCAGCGACAUCCGGGAUGAACUGAAGAAGCUCUAUGUUCAGCUAGAGGUCCAGAAGACCAAGGACAUGGCUGUCAACAAUCCCCACCUGCCCAAGAAGAGGGGCAGCGCCCGCCAGGGGCUGGGCCGCUCCUUCCUGCACUACCUGGCCGAGUUCCCUGAGGCCCUGACACGCCAGCAGUCCAGGGACUCGGGCUCUCCCAGCCGAGGCAGCCUGCCCGGUUCUCCCCACCGCCGCCUCCUCAGCUCCAGCCUCCAGGAGCCCAGGGGCCCCCAAGCCCUGCGCAAGUCCCACGGCACCUACGACUCCCACAGGGAUCAGGACCCGCCUCUCCUCAACUCACUGCUGCGGAGAAAGCUGGCCAAGAAGGCCUCACGGGCCGAGAGCCGGGAGUCAGCACAGGGCCCCCCAGUCCUGGGCUUCAGGUCUGCCAGUGCCCACAACCUGGCCGUCGGGGAGAGGCUCCCCCAAGCUCGGCCCACCGCCCUGCACAAGUCUCUCAGUGUUGCCGCUGACUCCAGGGACAAGGCCCUGCUCCUGGCCAGUCAAGCCUGCCUGGAGGAGACCUAUCGGCAGGCCAAGGAGCGGGAGGAGCGGAAGGAGGCAGAGGUGGCCAUGGGCAGCCCUGGGCAGAGGCUGUCCACCAGGAGGCUGGCGCAAGCUUGGGGUGCCGCCCUGUCAGCGCCUGCUUCCCCUGCCAAGAGCAGCAGCCUGGGCAGCCCUUAUGCCUCCAGGCAGCUUCAAGAGGAGGCUGGGAGCCGGCUGCCUCAAUCACCUAUCAGGCACCAGGUCUCCACACCCGUCUUGACCUUGUCUAGGGUCUGGGUGGGAGAGCCCAGGAUGCUGUCCCCCACCACCACCUUGGCUCCAGGUCUGAUGCCAGCUCCUCUCCUGACACCUGUCCCAACCCCGCCUCAGAGCCCCAGCUUGCUCAGCUACAUCUGCCCCUGGGAGCAUGCAGAACUGCCAGUCAGAAAAGAAAAUGUGACCCCAGCCAGCCUCUCAGGCCCCGAGCGAGAUGGCCACUCCUCUGUCCCUGCCCGGCCCCGAAUCUGGAGGGCCCUCUCGGUGGCCACAGAGAAGACGGGGGCUGGAGAGACUGUAACGGACACAGAGGACGGGGGCCCCCAGAGAGAAGCUCAGGACACGGAAGAGGACCGGCCCAAGAUUGCCAAGUCUCACAGCCUCAGGGCGCCUGCUCAGCAGGGCACUGUGCGCAGCCUGGGCCUGGCCAUCAAAGCGCUGACUCGUUCUUGGAGCACAUAUCGAGAGAAGGAGAGCCGGGGGGAGAGUCCCGAGACAGGGGAGGAAGGCAGAGCUCCGGGCGAAGGGGUGGGGGUGUCCCCGAGGUCUCCCAGGGUAGGUCAGUCCAAGGCGGUGAGCAAGCAGGCCACCCUGGACCCUUGCGAUGAUGAAUCCUUCCAGAACCAACAGAAUGCCCACACCAGCAGGAUGCUCCACGUCUGUCGCCAGGAGGGUGGUCGGGAACAAGAGGACCGAGGGUGCAGGCCAUCCCAGGGCCUGGGGGAGGGGGCAGUGGAGAAGGCAGGCAAAGCAGGGCCGACCACACUGAGACCAGGCAGGCAGGGCACGCUUGGGGACAGGAAUACUGAGAGAGCCAAAGAAGCCCUUGGAGGGUGUCGGGAAUGGCUGCCACCAGUUGGCCUCCAGCCCCCAGGCAGUGCUCACAGGGUGCCAGAGGUGUGCCCCUGGGAAGUCACCAGGUCAGAAAUGUGUCCCCCUGACAGGAGCUGCAGGGAUGAAAUCUGCCCCUGGGAGGCAGGUGAAGGAAGCCCCGAGGGGAGCAUGCUGGGGGAGAAUCUAAGAGACAGCGCCCCAGAAAAGAGAGGGAGAGCCGGAGAAAAACCAGAGGCCAAAGACGGGGCAGCCAGUGCUCGGAAGAAGCCAGAGAGGCUGGUAAGGGGGCAGGUGGCAAUAUGCCCCUGGGAGGGGACUGAUCCUGAGGGACUGUCUGCUCUGCCAGCCCCUCAGGACACUGAACUAGCUAAGGGCCGGGCUGAUGGAGUGCCUGUGGGUCGGAGGGGAGCUGCUGGCCCAGCCCAUACAGCCGCCAAGGCAGAGCUCUGUCCCUGGGAGGCCCAUGAAAGAGGGGAGUGUGGAAAACCAGCGCAGCAGGCCAUGCAGGAGAAAACCCCCAAGAAAGCCAGCUUUCAGAAAGAACAGAAGCUGGGGGGAGACUGGGAGUCUCUAUGUCCGUGGGAGAGUACAGAUUUUCGGGGUCCCUCAGGGGUCUCAACCCACGCCUCGGGAACCCCGGAGUGCCCAGGGAGCCUGGGCAGGGACCUCAUCGCUGAGGCGUGCCCUGGGGAGGCAGGAGAUGCUCCGGCUCUCAGAACAGCAGGGCUCUGUUCCCCGGAGCUGGAGGCAGAGGUGCCUGGGGAAGCAGCAGCGAGCAGGGGCACAUGCAAAGGUGCUGGUGAGGCGCAGGGAUGUGCUGCGGAAACAGUACAGCCGUGGAGUCAACAGGGGUCAGCCUGUCCAGGGGAGAGCACAGUCCUCAGGCAUGCCAGUCCACGGGUGGACAAGGCCUCACCCAAAGCAGAGGGUCAGCUCUCCAUCACCAGAGGAAGCCAAGCAGCACAGGUGUGUCCCUGGGAAGAUGGCAAGCCAGAAGGAACAGAAGCCACCCCUGACAAAGCCGAAAUCUGUCCCUGGGAGGUAAACGAUAGCACCGCAGAGGACAGGCCACCAGGCCAGGCUCCAAAAGGAGCUGGACCUCAGAAGGACCAGGAGGUAAGGGCUGGACCACCAGGACUCAGAGAUGCAGACAUCCCAGCUUGGGAAGAGCAGGAGGGGCAGAUCCCAGAGCAGGAAGCAGUGUGUUCCCAGGAGAGGGUAGACCCUGGAAGUCUCCCCCCACAGCCAGGCUCUCAAGACACAGACAGACCCCAAGCCAGCUUUGAGUCGCCAGGCAGUGGGGGCAACAGAACCGCAGAGAUCUGCCCAUGGGAUGCAGUGGAGACCCUGACUCCGGAGGAGACCCUGACUCCAGAGGAAAUGGGCUUUGGUCCCCAGAGGCUAAGUGCUGGAACAGCACAGGGAAGAGCCAGGGAUGCUCCGGCCAUUGGGAAAUUCCCGAAAGACACAGAAGAGGCUUCUGGAGAUGCUGAGCCCAGUGGGACAACAGUAAUGGCCCCAAUGAAGCCAGAGGGGUCAGCUCGAGGACAGGACGUAGCCUGCCUCAGGGUCAGUUUGGAUCCAGGGGAUUCCUCUCAGCAUUCACAUGCUCGGGACAGUGAUCGAGCAAAAGCGGGGUCCCAGGACCCAGAGAGUGAAGGGGGCACAUCCACAGAGGUGUAUUCCCAGGAAGUGAAGGCUGAGGAGGUCUGUCCUUGGGAAGGGAAUGAAGGAGCGACUGAGAAGGGUGUAGAACAGGACACGGGGCGGGAGUCAGCAGGGCCGAGGGAGAAAACUCUAGAAAAAGGGAGACCCACCUCUCAGGGAGAAGACCUGUCAAAAAGGGCUUCAACACAGAGCCAGGAGCGGGAAGCUGUUUGUCCUUGGGAGAACCUGGACUGGGGGGCACCCUCUGCUCCGGCCUCCAGGGUCUCCGGCUUACCCAGCGACGUGGCAGAGGGGCAUUUCCGGGGAGUGAGUGACGAGAAAGCAGAGGCAGGGCGUCUGGGGCAAGCCCCGACAAGGGGCCCCCUUCCAGAAUGCAUGCUAACAGGAGAGCGUGCUGCCGGCCUGAAUGCAGGACUCACCACUGAAGGUGCGGGAACCGCAAACUGGGGGCUACGGUCUGUCUGCCCAUGGGAGGGCAUGGCUCCAGGGGACUUUUUCUCCCACCCAGACACUGAGGGCACUGGCCGGUGGAUGGGGGGCAGAAGGGCUGAGGUGUGCCCGUGGGAUACCCCCCACCCAAAUGCAGAGAGGCCUGGCAGCAGAGCCCAGGCAGAGAUCUGUCCCUGGGAGGGGCUUGAACAAAUCCCUGAGAAAGGGGUGUCAAGACCGGAUGAGAAAGGGGAAUUCCAGGAGAAGGGGAAAACCCCUGAAAAAUCGGAGCCCCCAGGUGGGCCAGCUCAGAAAGAGCCCAAGAAGGUCGAGGGAAGGCAGGAAGCUUUCUGUCCCUUGGAGAGCCCACAUGGUGGGGGUCCGUCUCCACAAGGAGCCUCACAAGCUUCUGUACGAGGCCAAGGCAGCUUGGAGGCUGUGGGCCGUGUGGGGGCCAGGGUAGCAGAUGUGUGUCCGUGGGAAGCAGAAGAGCCCCCCUCUGCCAAAAGAGCAGAGAUCUGCCCCUGGGAGACGGACAGAGGAGCAGCAAAGGAAAGGGGACCAGAGGCGGAGGUGGACAGAGACACACAAGGGCAGGGAGCCGUGCUCCUUCCCUGGGCUGGCUCUGGAGGGGCUGGAGAGCGCUCUACACAACCCCACCGAGAGCAGGAGACAGUGUGCCCCGGGAAAAGCACAAGUUCAGUGGGGCUCUCCCUCCAGCCUGGUGCUCUGGACACCGACCAACCCACAGCCAGUCCUCAUGAAGCAAGCAGUCUGGGGAGCAGGAUAGUAGAACUGUGUCGAUGGGAAGUCACAGACCCAGAAGGAAACAAAAUAAAGGGCACCAUGGCAGACAUUUGUCCCUGGGAGGGAGCCGGGGCCCCAUCUGAGGAACCUGGUCUCUUGGCUCUAACAGCAACUCAGAGAGAAAUGUUCCUUCCCACGGCCCAUGAGAAAUCACCAUGCCUUUCAGUGCAGAGACCUCUGGGAAGCUCCCUUCCAGAUAGCAAAAGCCCGCGACCUGUGGUGAGCAGGCCGGACCAUGCUCUCGUACUGGAAGGUGUUAGAAAACGCCAAGGACCCUCAGAGCUUGGACCAGAAACCAGCUUAGCCCCAGAGCCAAGUCUCCCAGAAGCCGUGGCUCAGAGGUAUUCCUCCUUAAGUGAAGAUCAAGCAGCAGCUAUCUCUACAUCUCAAGAUAAAGAACUCACCCUUCCAAAUGUCUAUCCUUGGGACAGGGAGUAA